AUGUACCGCAUCUUACUAUUCCUUUCUUUGUGUCUCUGUGUCCUGAGCGUUCCGAUGGACAAGAAACAAUCACUUGAAAUGGCUGAUCGACCUGCACGUAGUGAAUCGCAGCUACUGACAUAUAAUCGUCGACAAGAUCUAGAAGGCCUACGUAUUAUAAAAAGUGGUCCACCGUACAAACAGCUGCUUAGAGCGACACGUCUCGCAGAACAAGCAUUGAAAAACCAAGUGCCAACGAAUACUUCAGUUCCAAAAACUAUAGGAGGGAAUGAUCAAACGGCACAAGCUUUACCAGAACUACUGAAAUAUGUUCCACCAGUAAUUCGAGAUAUGAAUAUAGACCCCAUAGCUCUGAUUAGAUUGGUACUUCAUUACAAAGCAUUGAAGAACCAAGUGCCAGCGAAUACUAAAGAUCAACAUGUACCAGUUCUUGGAGGAACUCUAGGCGGUACUGGAGGCAGGAUUUAA